UGCUGCAGAAGGGCCACUAACUGCUGCAGAAGGGCCACUAACUGCUGCAGAAGGGCCACUAACUGCCAUAGAAGGGCCACUAUCUGCUCCAGGAGGGGCUACUAGCUCCCACAGAGGGGCCACCGACUGUUAGAGAAGGGCCACUAACUCCCACGUUCCGCUCCUUCAGGGAACUUGUGUUUUUCCACAUAUCUUACAUGUUCAUGAAGUAUAUUUGCUUACAGUCUCUUUAAACUGCCAGAUGAAAGCUGGCUGCCUGCUGCUGGCUGCAGCUGCUGCACCACCUGUCAGUGCCACUAGGAGGAUCCUGGCUUCUUUGUGGAGAUUAUCUGGCUCCCCCUCUCAGCGGAUCCACCCUGAGCAGACCCCAGUUCUCUAACAGAUAAGCGUUUUGGCAGCAGCUUCACCGCAAAUGACCCCAGUCUUCACGGUGGUAUCAACUGAUAACUAAAUCAUUUAAUAUUAAAUAUUUGCAGAGGGUUUCAUAGGUGAAGCAAGUUCAAGAGAAGAGGCCACUUGGUGUGUUUUCUUUUUGUCUUUAUCUCAUGCAAGCUGCAACAUUUGGAACCAGACCAAAUGCCACGUAGCCUAUCUUGGAGGAGGGCCGGGUGUGCCCAUGCCCUGUUUUAUGUAUAAAACCCCCCACGGUCCGGACAGGUCCCAACACUUCAACUUGGAACAAUCAGCACACAAGAUGAGUCUCACUGCAAAGGACAAGGACGUCGUCAGAGCCUUCUGGGGCAAAAUCGCUGGCAAGGCCGACGACAUCGGCUCUGAUGCUCUCUCCAGGAUGCUGGCGGUGUACCCGCAGACCAAGACUUACUUCUCCCACUGGAAGGACCUGAGCCCCGGCUCUGCCCCGGUGAUGAAGCACGGAAAGACCGUGAUGGGUGGAGUUGCUGAUGCUGUGAAGAAGAUCGACGAUCUGGCUGCAGGUCUUCUGAACCUCAGCGAGCUGCACGCCUUCACUCUGCGUGUGGACCCCGCUAACUUCAAGAUUCUCUCCCACAACAUCCUGGUGGUUCUGGCCACCAUGUUCCCCGCUGACUUCACCCCUGAGGUCCAUGUGUCUGUGGACAAGUUCCUGGCUGCCCUGUCCCGCGCCCUGGCUGAGAAAUACCGAUAAACUGCAGGACCGGAGCAGAUGACGGACAGCAGCAUGGGCUUGAUUUAUCUGUCAGUCUGAAUACCAAUAAAAGAUCAAAUGC